CCUUGACCUAAGUCCUAACCCCUACAUAUUUUACUAGAAGUAUUGAGUCUAUAGUUCUAGAUCUCUAGAUCUAUAUCAAAUCAAAUCUAGAUCUAUAAUUUCUAUACUUUCUUAUUCAGCUAUUGUCAUAAAGAGUCUAAUUCUAAGAUUGCCUGCCCAAAACAAUUACAAGACAGAAGACACAUCAGACAGGUGACUGAGGUGUAGUUCAGAGAUUGACAUAGAUAUAGGCGUCAUAGCCUGUCAUAUAGGUGUAUCACUGUAUGAUAUUCUAUCUUGGUCUAUGUUUGUUUAAUUGACUGAAACAAACGUGUUGAAGUAAAAUGCCUCUGAGAGGAAUUCCAAAUCAACUUUCUCCAGAUCUUCUAAAAGUUUUAGCAGAAAUGGGUCAUGGAGAUGAAAUAAUUCUUGCUGACAUUCAUUUCCCAACGGCAUCAAUUUGCACCUGUGGACCAAAACAAAUCAGAGCUGAUGGACUCAGUGCAACUAUUUUGUUGGAGGCAAUUAUGACAUUGUUUCCCCUAGAUCAGUAUGUUGAGUAUCCUGUUGCAAGAAUGGACUUGGUUGAUUCUGAUAAAGCUAAAGGCUUGAAAACUCCUAUUUGGGAUAGUUAUCAGGAAAUAUUGAACAAAGCAGAAGGGAAAAAGAUCCAAAUAGAGUUUGUUGAGAGAUUUGAUUUCUAUGAAAGAGCCAAAAAAGCUUUUGCUAUUGUACAUACAGGUGAAAAUCAACAAUACGCAAAUAUCAUUCUCAAGAAAGGGUGUUUGGUUUAAAGGUAAUGCUUGUCAAAAUAAAAGUUUUGAAAAAAAAGGAUGUGUUUGUAUCAUUUGUUUAUCAGUUAUAACCUACAAAGUCCACUAUUCAUGUUAUAUAAGAUAGAUAUGACACACAAGUUAAAAAGGCUUUAACAUUUGAUAUUCUCCCAAAGCAUGUAGGGCUGACAACUGUAUGAGCUGUCCCUCAAAAGAGACUUUUUUUUUUAUUAAUAUGUAAUAUGUUAAUGUUCUACUAUCAAGACCGGAUUUCAGUAUGUGGAGGCCCCUACACUUUUUCGAAAUGUUUAAUAAAAAUCCACUUAUUAAUUAUAAUACAAAUAUCUAAAAGCAUAUCAUAUUUUAAAAGAAAUAUAUAUAAAUAAAGUACUUAUAAAUUGAAACUAAUUUUCUUUCUUAAAAAAUAAAAUUACUUAAUAUGCAUAUUUUAAUUCAAGAAAUGCAUAUAUAUGAGUAAUCCUUGGAAUGACAUACUUCAGUAAAUCCUGAGGUGCAUUUAUAUAUCACGAGCACGCUACAAUCUGACACUUCUUAACCGUAACUAAGAUUUAAAGUAAUGUCACUAUAAUGUUUGGAAAAAAUGUAAAAGUUUCUAACCUGUCAAAAUUGUGAUUUUUUUUAACCUAUGUUGUUGACCCUUCGGGCAGUAUCCCCCAACUGCCCUCCCUUAAAUCCAGCCCUGUUUAUUAUUUUUAUAUCAUCAUCUUUCCUUUGUGUUCCUCAUGGAACAUAGAGCCUCAUUAAAAAACAUGCCACUCUCUACUGUCUCUUGCUAGCUUUUUAGUGGCUUCCCAAUUCUUUCCUGUCCUCUCAACUUCAUCUAGUACACUGCAUUGCCACGUUUUUUUUUGGUCUUCCUCUGUAUCUUGAGCCCUGGGGGUUCCACUCUUAGGCAUGUCUAGCUCUGUUGUUGGUAUCUUUUCUAAGGGUGUGACCAAUCCAUUGCCACACUUUCUCAGAUCUGCACUUCUAUAUUUCUCUGUCAACCCAUCUCCAUCUUUUUGGCGUUUUCUAUUUUGUCAUGCCACAGUAUCAGACAUCUGUUGAUGAAGGUCUGUACUUUUUUUUUAUGUUGCUUUAUUUGUUCUCCAUCUUUUAGAACCAUAUUGACAUAAGAGUUAUAGAUUCUUAUUUUAGUUUUGUUAGAGAUGUGGGGAGAUUUCUAGGUUGGUUUAGGUGUGUAAAUGUUAGAUUUAUCGGACGUUUAAUCUGUUCCACCUGAGACACUGACUACAUUCCCAAUGUGGUUUAUUUUAGGCUUACUCUUUUUUCUACUUCACUUAUUUUAUUAUCAACAGUAAAAUAUUUUAUAAACUUUAAAAAAGGCAAACAAAUAUUUUAAAUUUUUAUUAAUAAAACUGAUUAUCUUGGCUCAUUAUUUUACAUCAGUACUUUCUUUUUCCUGUUUAGUUGUCUCACUCACCAACUUUCUUUUAUUUCUCAUAGCUGUUAAAUAGCUAACAGGAUGAACAGGUAACAUUCCACUAAGUCCUGAAAAUGAAAUAAAUACAUAAUUUAAUAAUAAUAAUAGUUUUGUUAGUGAAAGAUGCUCUAUUGAAAUAGAGUUUUUUAUUUUUUUAAGAAUGAAGUAAAUUGUAAUAGUUCAGGUCAUACAAUAAUUAGUGCCUUAUGAACUAAGAUUUUGGAGUUUGGAAGGAAUCAAGAUGAGUUGUGUUUCUUAAGAUCCAAAAAUAGCACAAAACCUUUUACAAAAAUUCCUUCAACAAUGUAUCCAUGAAUAAAAUGCUCUGAUGGCAUGGAAGCACAUUUUGGAACAAUCUCAUAUUUCAAACACUUUGCUGCUGAGCCCAAAAGUAAACGUUUUUUGUUUGGCUUUUUGUUUCAUUUAUAAAUUAACUUUAAAUAGUUACAAUUUAUUCUGACUGCUUCAUUUAUUGUGCAAGUCAUUUUGAGCGUAAAGAGUGACUCCUCAAGAAAGUGUGCACUGCAUGCUCUGAUGUGCACCUAAGCUAAGAUACAUGAAAGUGAAUCUAAUGCAUGUAUAAGGAACAUAAUCAUAUAUCAAGUCAGUUUUUAUUGUAAAGUAAAUUUGUUCUGUUUGCUUGUAAGCCUAGAAAGUUUGUAUACUUUAUACUUGAUUGUAAUUCUUUCAUUUACAGCACAACAGAGGGCUAUUAAAUAUUAUAAAAUAAAAUAUAUUCUAAAAUAAAAGCUCCACAACAUUUUUGAAAAAAAAAAAAAUUAAAUUACCAGCAUAUGGUUUAUAAUAUGCAACCUAAAAAUGAUUUUAAAAUAAAGAAUUAUUUCUUACCUAAUAAUUUUUCAACAGGUCUACUUAACGCCACACCAUUUGCUAAAUGAAAUUUGAUUCUAUCAACAUCUAAGGAAACAAUUUUUUCAUUGAAAAUAUUCGGCAUCGGAUCAUAUGUUCCUAGCUGUUCCACUGGUGGGGCAUCUCGGGGUGAAAUAUUUUUUAGUAAGACAAUGUGGUAAAAUGGUCUAUUUGUGCAGCCAUGAAGAGCUAAUUUAAUAAUGUCAAAGGUUUUUCUUGGCAUUAUGGUAAAUUUCCUGGAAAAAGAUAAUUCAGAAUAUAUAAGAAUAAUAAUUUCAUUUAUAAAGCUCUGUUAACAAACAAAAUGUAGGCUCAAGGCGCUGUAAUAACAUUACAAACACGAUGGCUAAAAUGACAAACUAAUCUAAAAAAAAGUUUUAAACAGGUAGGUCUUAAUGUUCUUCUUGAAAGUAGUGUAGCAUGUUGCCUGAGAUCAAUGGGGAGUGAGUUACCUAACCUUCGGUCCAUGCACUGAAAAAGACCAUAGCUUUUGAGGGAGAAACUUGGCACCACUAAAAAGCGUUGAGUCCAUUGAGCGCAUGGCUCUCUGAGGGACAUAUGGAGUGAUCAAAUCUUUAAGAUACAAGGGCAUUUCUUUGUAGUAGAUACACUGAUGACAAAGUGUUGCAACCUUGUGUAUAUAUAUAUUGCGAUAUAAUCUUUAAAAAUCAAAUAUUACAGAAGAACAAAGCGGCACAGUCAUUCAUUUAUAUGCUCAUUUUAUAAUUU